AUGAAAAUCAUUUGUGCCAACUUUGACAAUGUCGCAGAAUCAUCCAUCAAAAUGGCAUUAGAAAGCAAAGAAGGAAGACAAUCAAUUCUCGAAAGUGUAAAAGAACUAUUACAAUCAAAGGAGGAGGAACAGAAGAGAAAAUUCAAACCAUCCCAAAGUGCCUCCUCAUCUUCCUAUGUCACACCAAGAGGAGCUCCUGCCUAUAAUGCUCAGUCUGGACUUGUAGUCUAUACCUCUGGUCCAACAUACUAUCCAGGUCCAGCCUACCAUCAUCCAGGAUCAGUCUACUAUCAAGGACCAGUCUACCAUCAUCCAGGAUCAGUCUAUACUUCAGUACAAGUCUACAACAAUCCAGUACCAGAAUCGAUGCAAAUCGAUUCUUCAAAAACUGUGGGAUCAAUUAAAGGCAAUUGGAGACCAUCUUUUGAAAGGUCUCAUGUCAAUUGUCAAGUGGGUCAUAAAACACAUGGACUUUUUCACUUUGAAAAUAAUUACAAAGUUAUUGGACAAUCACAACAUACCAUUUAUUAUUUUAUUCAAUGUACAUAA